AUGGGUUCGAUUCGUUUUCUCAUUCCUCUGUUUCUUGUGCUCGGGGUGUUCAGCCCUCCACGUGUUUUUGGAAAUGCCGAGCUCGGAGCACUGCUGCAGCUGAAGGCCUCGCUUGACCCGGAAGGCAAGUACUUGAGUUCAUGGACUGAAGAUGGUGAUCCAUGUAGUGGAACGUUUGAAGGUGUGGCGUGUAAUGAGCAUAGCAAAGUGGCUAAUGUUUCUUUGCAGGGGAAGGGUCUUUCCGGUCAGGUUUCGCCGGCGGUGGCAGAGCUCCGGUGCUUGUCGGGUCUGUACUUGCACUAUAAUAACUUGUCAGGGGAGAUUCCAAAAGAGAUUGGAGCUCUGACUGAGCUUACUGAUCUCUAUCUCAAUGUGAAUAGUCUCUCUGGGGGUAUACCCCAUGAGAUUGGGAACAUGACUAGUCUUCAAGUUUUACAGCUAUGUUGUAACCAGCUGAAUGGGAGCAUACCAACACAGAUGGGGUCGUUGACGAGGUUAAGUGUUCUUGCUUUGCAGUAUAACAGAAUAACUGGUCAGAUUCCUGCAAGCUUGGGGAACUUAGGGAUGCUCAAAAGGCUUGAUCUGGGCUUCAAUAAGUUCUUUGGUACAAUUCCUGCAAAGCUAGCUAGUAUACCAUCUUUGGAAGUCUUGGAUGUCCGAAACAAUUCUCUUUCUGGAGUCGUCUCUCCUGCUUUCAAGAGAUUAAAUGAAGGAUUCGAGUCUGCAAACAACCCAGGCCUAUGUGGAGUUGGAUUUUCAACACUGAGAGCUUGCACAGCUUUUGAUAUGGACAGAGUAAAUGUCGAUGGACUACCACUUGGACCAAACUUAAAUGGUACAGCUAGUACUGCUCCUCCAAAAGCCAACCCUGAAUCAGUAGACAUUAACGCCCAUUGCAAGCAAAACUGCACAAAGUCGACCAAGUUUCCGCAAGCUGCUGUUAUUGCCGGAGUUAUUUCACUCACCAUCACAUUGUCUGUGGGUGUAUUUCUGGCUCUUGUGUGGAACAGACGCAAGAAACAAAAGAUUGGAAAUACAUCUGAUCCUUCUGAUGGCCAGCUUAGCACUGAUCAGGCCAAGGAGUUCUACAGAAGAAGUCCCUCUCCACUUGUGAGUCUUGAGUACUCUAAUGCAUGGGAUCCAUUGGCCGAUGGGCAAAAUGGUCUUGGCUUCUCUUUCUCCCAGGAGUAUCUAAAAGGCUAUUGGUUCAACAUGGAAGAUGUAGAGUCUGCAACACAGUACUUCUCCGAGGUGAAUCUGUUAGGGAAGAGCAAAUUCUCUUCUGUCUACAAAGGAGUUCUGAGAGAUGGUUCUCUUGUAGCUGUUAAGAGCAUUAAUGUGACCAGUUGCAAGUCUGAGGAAGCUGAAUUUGUGAAGGGACUGCACUUAUUAUUUUCGCUAAGUCAUGAAAACCUUGUCAAGCUGAAAGGUUUCUGCUGCUCUAGAGGGAGAGGUGAAUGCUUCCUUAUCUAUGAUUAUGUUCCUAAUGGACGCCUCUCUCAGUAUCUUGAUGUAAUAGAUGGAAAGAACCAAGUCCUUGAAUGGUCCAAGAGAGUUUCUAUCUUGAAUGGCAUUGCAAAAGGUAUUGGAUACUUGCACAGCAGGGUAGAAAACAAACCUGCCAUGAUUCACCAAAACAUCUCUGUUGAAAAGGUUCUCAUCGAUCAGCAAUUUAGGCCAUUGAUUUCGGACUCUGGCCUUCCUAAGCUGCUUGCUGAUGACAUUGUCUUCUCCACUCUGAAGACAAGUGCUGCAAUGGGAUACCUAGCUCCUGAAUAUAUCACCACUGGUCGUUUCACCGAGAAAAGUGAUGUAUAUGCAUUUGGAGUCAUUGUCCUCCAAGUUAUAUCAGGAAACCUACAACUCAACACUUCAAUGAAACUGGCCGCGGAAUCAAGCAGAUAUGAAGAAUUCGUCGACACCAAUCUAAAAGGGCAAUUCUCAGAACCUGAGGCAGCUGCACUGGGAAAACUUGGACUGAUAUCCACGCACGAGCUUCCCGACCAAAGACCAACAAUGCAGACAGUGAUCCAGGAGCUUAGCAAUCUUACAGCAAGUUACUGAUAUCCUACUUGUAUCUUUCCACACAAUGCUGUAAGAAGCUGCUGCAGAUAUUGACCACGAAACCAAGGCCUCAAUAGUGUCACCCUCAGUGGAGAAUAGAGCUCAGUAAGCAGGUUUAACAAUAUACAGGCUGCUUAUCGAGACUGGAGGUGGUGGAAAGCACGUCAUGGGAAACAAAACUUCCUUGAAAUCACUGUAACAUGUUCAAAGCAUAGAAAAGAAGUCGGUGGCUAUUUAUUGUUCUGCAGAACGCCUAUAACAUUUUAGGAUGGUGCUGAUUACCUAUUGAUUGGUAUGUAUAACUGUGCUUAAAUAAUUGCUAAU